AUGCAAUCAAACUUAAGGAGUAACAGUGCAUCAGUCGAAUAUUAGUACAAUAAAGUAAUAAAGCAGAGACUUCUGUAUUAUAAAUACACAACUGUCAUCUUGUUAAGAUAAUACACAUGAAAUACGAAGCACCUAGUGGUCCAAAUUUCUGUGAUCCUCAGACCAUAAUAAAAAAUGGAAAAUUGAAACAAAAGGGAGACUAACAUGAAGACUUGAAUAAAUCCAAAAUUUCAGAAAAUGGAAGACAUGAAGAAAAGGAGUAGCAAAUGCUAAGUUUCAAACAUAAUAGGAUUUAUCACCACUAAGGCAGUUUCGGAAUAAGAAUAAAUCAGAAAAUGGAUAGUGAAGAAGAAUGGGUCAAGGCACAUGCCUCUGCUGUCACUUUUCUUUUGUCUUCUAAAUCAGCCUUAUUUCCGGCAAGAGCAGUCACCAUAUUUGGGUUACCUGCAUCCAAAAUUGUCAAAUUUCCAAUAGGCAACAUUCGAAAUACUCACAUGCUCUAAAAGAAACACACAGCAGAAACGAGAAAAAUAUUUUGACAAACUUAACCUUGUUUUUGAAGCUCUAGUACCCAUUUCUUUGCCCGGGCAAAUGAAUCCUGAAAUGCAAAGAAAACUUUAGAGUGAUUUUUUGGCACAAGGCCACACGAGUAAUUUCCAAAUUUUGGAGGAAACUGGUCGUACCGUGCUGGUGAUGUCAUACACGAUGAUGGCCGCCGCUGCGCCCCUGUAGUACAUGGGAGCCAAGCUGUGGUACCUCUCCUGCCCAGCCGUGUCCCAAAUUUCAAACUUAACGGUGGCAUCGUUCACGGCCAACGUCUGCGAGAAGAACGCCGCCCCAAUGGUCGACUCCUGCGGAAGAAAAGGAAAAAGAUAUGAGCCUAACUGCAAACACCCGAUUCAAAUCCCAAAACCGUACACAACAUCGAGAAAACGGAAAUCAUCAGAAAGUAGAGCAAGGAAAAUGACCUGGAAUUCAAGGAACUGGCCCUUCACGAAGCGCAGAACGAGGCUGGACUUUCCAGCGCCCAUGUCCCCCAGAAGCACCUGGUAAAUUCUCCAAAUAGGCAGGGAACCAAAUAAAUCGGCGAUCACAAAGAGCCAACGGCAUCUCUCAAAGAAACAUAAAAACCUGAGAUCCGAUCGGAGGUUAGAAAUAGAGAGGCGCAGAAAUUUGACCACCCACCAGCUUCGCAUUUAUGUUGUUGUUUCCCAUGGUAGCCAUGGGAGACCCGCCGCCGGCGAUGAGAUCACAGCGCUCUCAGCCAAAGGGAUCACCCGUUCCUCCCGCAGCGAAAAACUGGGCGACCGGCGAGGGGGGGGAGGGGAAAGGAGGCCGGGAAAAUGUCGGAGUCAGCGAAGGCGGAAGGAAGAUGAUCCCCUCGACGAAGUUAGAGAAUUAAAAGUCGUUGAUUUUGUGGAAGCCUCUGGACGCCUGGUGCUUGAUCCCUACGGGAAGCACCAUUUCGACGGUUCUGAUCUUCCCGAACUCCAUCCCCACGAUCCCACCGUCCGAUCACGAGCACUCCGAACCCUUGGAUGAGCCACGUGGAAGGAAGAGAACGGGUCAGUGCUCUUGAUCGUUUCCAUCCUUACGUCACUCACGCGCAUUCACUCCCUUAUUUAAUUGAUAUUGUGUAUAUAUACAUAGAUAUUUAUAUAUAUCCUAGAAAACCGUCCAUUAGAAACUACUAUUUAUUCCAUAAGUGUACGUUUAUUUAGUUUUAAUCGCGUUAAAAAUUAAUUAAAUUUCUAAUGAGACUAGAUAUAUUUCAAUUUGGCCUAGUAAGCCUCUCUCUCUCUCUCUCUCUCUCUCUCUCUCUCUCACACACACACACACACACACACACUCACUCACUCACUCUCGGCCCCACCCACAGUAACCCCCAAAUAUUAUAUUGAGCCGAAUGGGCCGAGUUAUUUAAUUGGACUGAAAGGAACAUUUCUGAACGAGCGGGCCCAAUAAUGGAAACCCAUUAAAAGAGGUCAUGGCUUCCGGAUAUACCGAGUUUAGAUAAAUUUAAUUAUCUCGGUUGCUAUUACGAAGCCGUCCUUUGGACUUUAUUGGAAAUCUUGUGGAUUAUGAACAUGUGAAUAGUAGAAGGGGAGUGGGGCAAGACGACCGCGAUGGGGUCAACAGAAAAGUCAACGAUGAUCGACCUAUAGUGUAGCUGAUAAUCCACCUCAUCCGCCUUGGCUUGGAAGGAAGUCGGCGGGCUUCUUGGCAAUUGGGCUCUGAUUUGUCCCGGGGCAUUAAAUCAGCCCGUGCGUCUUCAUGGGCUGGAGUAAAAAGAGAGCCCAAUACAAGCCCAUUAAAGCACGCUGGGGUCGUUGACCAUAGAGAGGACUAAAAGCCGACUCCCACCAUAUCGGAGCUCGAUUCACGUUCCUCUCUCUCUCUCUGUAGUCGUGUCCUAAAAAGGGGAAGAAACGAGAGGAACGUCUUUAUGCAUGGAGAACAAGAUUCCCUCGAGCAUGUCCACGUGCCCACUGUCAAGUCCGAGCGGCAGGCGGGGUUGACGGUGGUCCAUUUGCCGGCGCUACCAGCUCAGCGCAGACAGCUCUCCUCUACAGGUUCACGUGCGAGCAACAUCAUACACACGUGUAUCACACGAAUUGCGCCCCUGGACAUAG